UGUCAAGCUGUUCGUGCAUUUGCAGUCGUUUUGUGAGCUUUGAUUUGAGUUUUAUCGUUAAGAUUUCGAUGGAGAACGGUAGCGAGGAAAAAGAAAAUCUUCAGAAACCCUUUGUUAAUAGUGAAGUGUUACUAACGUUAAAACCCUACUACGGUCUCAUACCAGUGGACCACCCGGACACUUUAUCUCCUUAUCCCUGCUUACAGUGCAGACGGCGCUGCAACACUAUUGAGGAACUUGAAUUACACCGACGCUGGCAUCGCCGAGAGUAUGAGUGUUCUAUUUGUGAUAAAACCUUCACAACUUUUGAGAUCUUCAAGUCUCACGUUAGAAAACAUUAUGUUGAUGCAACAAAGGAUUUUAGCGUGAACAACAAAAUUAGAGAGACACCAGUGACGUGUAAAUAUUGUGAAGAGAAGUUCAGUACACUCCGUGAUCUGCACCAGCAUACUAGUCUCUACUCUGACGACUACACGAGGUGUGAGCAGUGUGACCAGUUCCUGCCAGCUUGUCACGUUCACUUGGUCGGAGUGGACGCUCUGGAGGUCGGAGAGGAGAUGAUGAAGAGGUACAACCUGAACAAACUCAGGGAGGAAACCUAUCUGGAAACAUCAUGUGUGCUGGACGGUAUACCUAAGAUCCACAGUAGUGUGUCAACCUACAACCAUCACGUCAGAAAGGAACCGUCUUAUAGGCCCUUCAAUGUGACAUUUGUAAAACAAGGAUCGGGGACAGAAAAUCGCUGGAACAACAUCUGAACAAUCAUUUCACGGAACACAAUCUCCUGUACGACUCCUCCGCAUCUUUCCCAAGCAAAAACAGGGUUACAAUUCGAGAAAACGGAGCUGAUUCUCAUUCGUACAAUCUUAUAUCGUGAUAAUAUGUGGAACCAAGAUAUGCAAAUUGCAGAUGAAUGAUCCAAUGAUCAAUUGUCAAACUGUCAAACAAAUACGCUUACCCAAAAAUAUUUGGAUUUUUCUUUUGAUUUUAUGUAUUUAUGUUUGAAGAAACCUGCACUGUGCGGCUGCAAGAUUGUUGAGCUUUUUUGGAAGAUUUAUGCAUGACCUAUGAUUUGGUUUAAUACUAGAUUCCGAUAUUGUAAAAGUGCACUUUUGUAUGAUUGUGUUACACUACGUUACUUACUUACUUAGUAUCGCGAAAUAGUUGAAUGUAAAAUGAUAUACCUUAUCGGAUUUUAUUUGAACGGACAUUAAUUGGAUGCUGGAAGCCCUAGCGUUAAUUUUAAUGUACUCCGUUCAAAUAAGGUCUGACAAGGAACCUAGUUAAAUUAAAUACAUUU